GUUUCUUGUAUCUCCCUUCCCCUUCUUCCUAUCUCUCUUCUCCUUGUUUUUCCUCCUCCUCCUUUCUACUCCCCCCCUCCUCCUCCUCCCUGCUCAGCCUCUUUCUUUCUUGAUCCCUCCCCAUCACCCUCUUUCUAUCAUCGCCUUUCUCUCGCUGGAGAGCUGCCCUUUCGCCAGCCACCCAUUCUUCCCGCAAACUCUUGAUCUGAGAAGCGCUCUGAACUUCAGCUCCUGGAAAAGACCCAAGAAAUGUUUCUUCUGGACUGGAGAAUAUUUCUCCUGUUGGCCUUAGUGAAUCCCACCGUGGAAUCCGAGAGCCCUCCCAAUGGUAACCAAGAUCUACCUCCACAGCUACAAAGAACCGUGGAAGAUAUCAUAACCCGGCAGUAUUUAAACGCUCUCCUCAGCAUUCUUCAUUUCCAAAGCCACAAUAUUUGGACUAAAGAUCUGUUCAACAAAAUCAUGGCACAUUGCCAAGCUCAGAACUUUACAGUUACUUACAGCAGCUUACAGGUGGAAUCCAUCACCAAUUAUUUUGAGCAUCUUUUCCACAACCCCAGAAUGUCCCUUUCAAUCUUCCGGGACAUGAGGCCUGAGGAUUUUCAAACAGCCAUGAAGUACCUCUUUGAAAGGACCCAGAAAUAUUUGGAACUUGGAAAUAUCCUGAUUGACCUACAUGGAAUAAGAAAGAAAUUUUUCCAAAGUCCUGGAGGGAACCGUACCUUGGUCCUUGUUACGUUAGAAAAGUGCUUUGUGCUCCUCAGUUCUGCUGAAUGUGUGGACAUCUUAAGCCAGGUCCUUCAAGCUUCUUCGGCCACGUAUCUCCAAGCCCACAACGUGGCAAGCUUCCCUCAAGAUCUUCAGAAAGAGGCUUUCCGGAAUCUGUCAAUAGUCUUCAAAGACCUGUAUGACAGACUAACCGCAAGUACUCAAAGGGCUGUAUACAAGUGGAUGAUGCAGAAUUUACAAACAUUCCAUAACGCCAGCGACAAUUCCACCUCUUGGGUCAGCGCUGAAAACCUGUGGAUUCUCGGGAGGUAUAUGGUUCACCUUCCCCUUGAAGAAAUCAAGAAAAUUAACCUGUAUGAAAUGUGGCUGUUUGUCAGCUACGACAACGCAACCAAGCAACUGGAUAGGGUGUAUGAUAUCACGCCCAAUCUUGCCCAAGCUUUCCUGGAAAGAAUCAACGCAUCUGGCUUCGAUAUGAAGAACAUAUCCACUUUGUACAGACUGGGUUUGCUGGUUUGUUUCUACCAUGAUUUGGCAGAGAUGGAUUCCACCAUGGCUCGGGCCUUGCUUCACCAGAUGAUGAAAUGUCACCAGUUGAGAAGUUUCCAGGCCAACGUGCAGAAGCUGAAGUCCCAACUUCUCAACGUUGCCAUCCAAAACCAGACUUUGAAUGACAUCCUCGGCGCCCUCUCAGAUGCUGUCAUGGGGCUGGCCACUAGCCAGCUGGAAUCUCUCUCACCCCGAGCUGUGCAUUCUGCCAUCUCCACUUUGAACCAAGUCUCCAGAUGGGCCAAGAGCCAAACCAUCAUUCUAGCCAGCAAAUACCUGCUUUAUGAAAAGGCAUUGUUGUUCCACAAUGUUAGUCAAAUGGGGGCUUUAGCGCCUGGCAUUGACACCCUAUCCUUCUACAAUAUGAACCCCAAUGAACUCUCUCAAGCCAUCCAGAGUGUCUUGACACAGCGGGCAAUGGAUUUGACCCCGGCUCAAAGACAAGGAAUCUUCCGGAAGAUCCUGGCAUCUUCACCGCUCUCGUCGGUCCUCCCUGACCUGCCUAGUGCCUUUUUUACCGAGGUCUCCCUGUUCGACUUAUGGAAAGCAGGCAGCCUCAAUGCGUCACUGGUGAAAAAUAAAGAGCUGAGGACCAGCCAGGCUUUAUUUCUGUAUGAAUUGUUGUCAAGGAAGACGUCCCUGUCUGAUCUCUUAAGUAAUGAACAGCUGUUGAAAGGACUGGCCUGCUGGCAUAUUGAGAAUUUGAGUGCAAUCACUUUUUUGAACAUUUUCCAUAUAUUUGAAAAGCAGCUUCAUUUGCUGUCUCCCUUCCAGCUCAAUUGUCUGGCUUGGAAAUUCUGGACAAUUUCUGAAGCGUCUCUCCCUCCGUACCUCUUAGCUGUGCUUCCUGCUGAGUUCCUGGAAUCUGUCACGGGAUCCCACUGUGUCCCUUUUCUAAUCAGUUUGGGAAAGGUGGACCUCGAUCAUCUCGUUUGGAGCCAGCAGAAGAAAAAAGCUCUCCUGCAGAAAAUCCAGCACUGCUUAGAAGAUUCGGUGGCAGAUGAAUAUACCGUGGACGUGUUGGGCAACCUCCUUUGCCAUUUGUCCCCUGCAUUCAUCUGUGAGGGGGUGUCCCCAGAAGCGAUGACCGUGAUCCUCCACCGAUACGGCCAGUGCCCCCAUCUCAGCUACGAGCAAAAGAUGGAAAUUAAGCAGAGGCUGAUCGAAUUGCAUGGCUCGCCAAGAAACUGGACGGUUGAAACAAUUAAGGACCACAGAACUUUUAUUGUGUUAUGGCCAAAGGAUGACUUGAUUGCCCUACUGGAAAAGUUUCCUGACUUCGUCUCGGAAAUAGCAUCCCAACCCAUCUCUUCACCCAAGCAGUUUCUCUUAGCUCAAUUUGAAUCUCUUUAUGCCUCCAGAAGUCCAACCCAACCAUCUAAUUCAACUUCGGACUGUGAAGGUGUCAUGGCACCCUCUUCGGAUGAGAUUAUAAAAUUAUCGGAAGCAAACAUCUUUUGGUCUGCCCGGGAACUGAGCUGUAUGGAAAGCAGGACAUUUGCCCAAACUGUGGAAAUCCUUGGCUCAGUCGGUCGUUUUAACCCCUCGCAGCUGGCUGUCUUGAAGGAAAAAGCUAAGCAGGUUUGGGGCCUGCCCGAACGCUGGAAGAGAUACCACAUUGUCUCCUUGGGUCGCAUUGUCACAGCGUUGAACGAGAGUGAAAUUGUCACGCUGGAUCUCAGCUCGGUAGACGCCGUCUCAGCCUUGACACAGCAAACAGCCUGGAAUCCGUCUCAGGCCAAAUCCAUUUUGCGAGGCUUUCUGGAGCAUUCAGGACAAGAGAUUGCCAGUCUCAGAAGUUUUGAUCUGCUAGCUCUUGAUGCCAGUCUUUGCACUCUAAACUCGACAGAGAUCGCAUCCAUCAAUGCCACCGAAUUCAGUGUGGUUUUAGCCAGACUGGGUUCUUUGCCCUGUAGCUCAAGCACUCUGCAAAGGUUUAAAAAGAAAGUCGAAUCUGUAUUUGGGAACCCCACGAAAUGGAACCAGGCAAUUCUGCAAGAAAUUGGGACUAUUGCUGCUGGCUUAAAUGAGAAGGAAUGGAGAGCCUUCGAUCCCAAAAUGAUGGCUUAUUUCCAGCCUGCAGCCAUCGCAUCCAUCCCCAGUGAAAUCUUUAACGAACUGUCUCCGGACCAGCUUGCAAACCUGGGCCCCGAAAAUGCAGCCAGGGUGACGGAUUUGCAGCGCGAACAUCUGGAUGAAGAGCAGCUUCAGAGUCUCCGAUUGGCGUUGGAAGGUGGAAGGAGAAGAAUCCGAGAAGUCACCUUGAAUGAAAGUACAAACAACCCAACAUCUGCACCUCUUUUGAACGGAGCUUCCUUACCUUACAGGUUAAACCUUUGGAUGUCUGCUGUUUCAGUCCUGCAUCUUCUGAACUGACCACUGCUGAAGUAUACAAAGUUUCCAGCUGACAUGGCAAAGAUAGAGGAAUGGCCUUUGAAAAAACCUGCUGAUGUUUGAAGAAUUAAAAUAAUGCCCUUUUUUUUUCCCGACUUGGGGAAUUGGUCAGUUCCAGGAAUACCUUCAAUAUUUGCAAGCAUGUUACAUUUGCAGGCGCAGCAAUGUCUGUUGAAGCAUUGAAAAACUUUCAUAAAAGAAUAUCAAUAGCUUUUAGAUGAACCUAGAAGAAGACUGUGCAAGCAUUACUUGUUUAAAACAGCUCAGUGCAGGAAUGUAACUUUGAUUUCAAAUGUAUAAAUAUUAAGUUUUGGAAUCAGGAGACUUCCUGUCCAGACUAUUGGCAGAAUGUAGGAGUACAAAGAACCACAGAGAUGGCCUUGAAGAACGCAAGGAGAGGCCAUUAGCCCCGGAACCACUCUUCUCUCAUUAUUAUUUUUAUUCGUUAAAGGGUUUUUUUUUUCUGGAAAAAUAAGUUAUUUAUGUUAGCAUCUAAUGGAUUUAAUAUUGUUAUUUUAACUUGGUUCAAUGCAAAUGGUCCUUGAGUUACAGACAUUCAUUUAGCGACAAUGUCACUGAAAAAAGUAACAUAUGAUCCUCAGACUUAUGACCGUUACAGCGUUCCCAGUCAUGUGACCAAAAUUAUGGGGGCUUGGCAUGCAUGUACGAUGGUUGCAGCCUCCCAAGAUCAUUUGCGACUUUCCCACAACCAAAGUGGGAAGCUAGAUUCGCUGGACAGUUGCACAAUUUGCUUAGCUUCAGCGAUUCACUUAGUAACUGCUUAGAACUCCCAAUUGGGGUUCUAAGUCGAGGACUGCCUGUAAAUGUGUCCACCUUAAUUUUUAAUAAGAUAAAUA